AUGCGCAUUUUACUAGUUCUCUCCGUUUUCAUUGGGUUCGCAUCGUCCAGACUGAUGUGUGGAAUCGAGCCAAUCACUACAAAUUGGAUGGAGAUUCAGAUCAAAUUGGAUUGUCCAGCUAUUCUAGAGCAUCAUCGAAAGUGUUGUCUUGCUCAUGGAUGGUGCUAUGUGUAUAAGAAAGUAUCGAUGGAAGCAUGCAAUAAUGAGUACUGCAGAUGUGUGGAUGCGUUGGCAAAAGAAGGAACUUGCAAGAUGCAUUCUGACAACUUCUGCAUGAACGUCAAAAAUCUGGGACCAAUGUUGUGGCCGACUAUCAACGAAAAUGGAAUGCAGUUCUAA